CGUUUGGCAGUGCUCGCCUUCGCGGCGGCGCGACAGCUCCUUCGUCAUGGCGCCUCCACGAGCAUCCACUCGGCCUUCAAGGGCCGACAUGCUCAUGUCAGGGGUUCCAGAAGACUACAUCGAUGCCCUCCUCAAUGAGAAAUACAUGGAGGACUUGAUUGCUGCUACAAACAAGCAGUACCAAAAGCGGGAGAAGAAGCGAAAUCGAGAAGAUCGUUUACAAAAGGUGAUCCUACUGUUCCUGAUUUGCCAGGCGAUUCUAGGUGUAGCAGUUGCGGCCUACAAGACCCUCCUCCAACCAGACAAAGUCAUCAGCGCCUUCGUGAACAUGGAGAAUAUCGACAUGGUCUUGAUGAUUGACACCUCGAACCACAUGGUGGACCGCCUAACAAAGCAGCAGGAUGUUGUGCUUAAAUUCUCUGAAGAGAUGCUCUCAGCCAUGAAACUCGAGCGAGAGCAGACCUUGCAGAAGAAUGUGGAACGUGUUGAGGAGAUCAAGAGAAAGUCUUCCACGGCCAUCAGCAGGUUCUUGAGCCAUUUCUUUGAGACCAAUGCCCAGGACCACACGGGCCUGUCUGGUGGCAGACUCCGCUUUUCCACCGGGAUCUUCAACAGGAAAAGCACCACAUUGCACGGGUUCACCAACAACUUAACGCUUCAAAAGCAGGCCGUAGACAAUGUGAAGCCGGAGCACUACGAGGAUUUUACGCGCCUCAAUGAGGCCAUGUCAAGCUGCGUGGAGACCUUUGGACAGGCCAAGCGAAAGAACACCAAAAAGUACUGUGUUCUCAUCGGGGACAAUGAGGCCAUGUGUCGUAAGCCUGACUCGAAGGAAGUGGAUAAGCUGCUUGCAGAUGAGCGCUUCAAACACCUUCUGCCAAGCAAAUAUACGGAGGUGGGCGCACCAGUCGAGUAUGCACAUGAGUUUGACAGCUGCAAAGACUAUGUGGCCACUAAUUUUGGCGACAUCCAGCUCAUCAUGAUGUUUGCUGUUGCGUCCCAGGAGGAAGAACAAUUCCGCUUGAGGAACGACUAUUUCCGGAAGUUUGUCACGAACACUACUGGAUGUGGGUUUGACACCAUCUCCCGCACGGAGACAAAGGGUGGCUUCACCAGAACUGUUGUGGAAAUUGUCCCGAAGGCAGAGAAUUGCACUCGGUUUAUCCUUGGCCGUGGUUUGGACGAUGUCUUGCAGAAGUCAAAGUCCAUCGUACAGCUCUUGAAAGCAUCCGCUACAGACUGGGAGAAACCCAACGAGCAGAAGGAUAAUCGAUAUCUCUUUUUUCUGCUGUUGCCGCUCAACCUGAUUUUUUUCUUCGCAGCGGGAGCGAUAUUCCGGUGGUACGAGCGCUUCCGGCUGAAAGCUGCAAGGGUGAUGGGCAAAAAGAAGAAAAUGAUCAAAGUCACAAAGACGCUGGUUGAGAAGGACAAGAGAAAGUCAAUCGUUGAUCGUUUCGUGGCCCUACACUCUGAAGUUGAGAUGGCUGAGGUGAAAAAGAGGCUGCAACCCCUUGUGAAGCUCAACAGCCCAAUGACGGUGAGAGCGCGGCUGAAGGGUGGCUGCUUGCGCCACAAUGUUCAGCAGGGUGUUGCUGAUGGCAAUGGAGCAGCCUUUGAUCCAAAUGCGUUUUGGAACUUUGAGCCAAUUGGAGAGGACAUGGGUCCAGACGCAGUGAUGCAGGCAGGGCAGCCCGUGCAUAUAAAAAACAACAAGGGAGAGCUCCUUUGCAUUUGUCCUUCAGAUAAGCCUGGGGAGUCCAAGACCAUGUUUGUUCCAGCUGGGGAGGCCUCUUCGACAUCCACAGAAUUUGUGGUUUGCGCCACAACUGGGGACGAUGAUGCUGCCAAACUGGGCGAGACCGUUCGGAUCAUGUCCAAGGCGACCGGCCAAUUCUUGCGGGUGAAGAAGGAUGGCACUUGUGAUGGCAGUGGCACUUCGAAAGAGACGGAGACGCACUUCGUCAUCGAUCAGGGCGGGCAAGCUGCGAAUGCAGGUUUCGCCAAGGGACCAGGGUUGACAUCUAGACGGGGUUCAGAACAUCAGGAGAGAUGUUAUACCUACGACUACGAAGGUUGUUUGUGAAAAGUCAUUUGUCCAAGGAGGGAACAGUUUGACAUUAUGCAACAGCGGAAUGGUUGGGCAGAUGCUUACAACUCAUAGAACAAGCAGUGAUUGAUGUUUAUUGUACCACAAGACUAUUCAUUGACGCUGCUUUUGCUUCAAGCCCACGAUUAUCGAUCGUCGCACAGUCUUGAGUGUGGCUGAGAUGCAGCUAGUCGUUCAGCAUAUUAAUUAAUGGCAUAGCUGGUGCUUGAAAGUGAAAGAACAUAUUUGCGCCCCUCAGUUUCAAGAUAUGUCCCAGGGAUCCCAGGGGCGGUUUUAGACUGUUUCAGUAAUAUAUAUAUAUAAUUUGGGCCCUGCCCCCCCCACAGUAACAG